GCGGGCACGGCCUCCUCGCCUCGGCUCCGGAUUCCCGCAGGCUCUGCUGACUUCAGCGGGAGGUAACGGCCUUGGAAUCCUCCCCAGGCAGUGUGUCCCCGCGAGUCCCGCCUCGCUGUGGGACCCCGUUUUCCCGCUCCGGUCUUCCCUGGCCUUCCAGGCGCCGCCCUCCCCGCAGCGUCUCCCGCACCUCCUCGGGGGACCUUCGGGCCACUCUUCGGCCACACUCUCACGAGGAAACUUGUGAGCUGACCCUAGCCGGCGACGGAGCAGCCAGGAAUGGACGCGGUUCCCGAGCAUCCUCGGUGGCAGAAACCCCGGAAAGUCAAUGGCUCCCUUGAAAUUCCCUCGGAUUUGUUUGAAAUGAAGGACCUUGUGACUGCCUUUGCUUAAUUGGUCAUUGGUAUCUCAGCAAGCAUGGAGAUAAGAUUAGAAGUUUUGACAUCAACAAGUAUCAAGCAGAAAAAACCCUGGCCCAGAGUUUCCUGGUUGGGUCAAGAGAAUGAAGCUGUUUUUCUUUUGGAUAAGAAAUUCAUAAAUGAGAUUAAUUUACUGUCUGGAAGAACAAAGAAGAAGAUUCCUAGUCUGCAGCCUUUGUUGAAGGAUGUUUUUUUUCUGGCAACAUCCAGUAAUGAUGUGUGGCUCUCUGGAGUCCUCACUACAGGAGAGGUUUUCCUGUGGAACAAAGAUCAAGACUGCUUGAAAAUGAUACAAGUCACUGAAAAACCUAAAGAAGUUAUUAAAGCUACAAUAGCAAGCUCUUCAAGGCUAUACUUAUAUGUACCUGAAAAUGGGAAAAGAGUUCUGCUUAUUACAUCUUCUGGCUGCAUACUUCUGUGGGAAUAUUUGGAAUUGAAGAAUAUCUUAUCUUCUAAAAGCCUCCCAUUGGUUGGUCAGUGGUUCCAGAUAAUACCUGAAGAGGCCGUUUUAUUGCCUUCCUCUAAAGAUAAAGAAGCUGUAGUGGAUGCUGUUUUUGUCAAAAAUGAGUUAUUUGGCGACUGCUGCCUAUGUUCUUUUACUUUUUAUUCUGGAGAAUGCUUGAAGUUAACAUUUCUGGCCAUUCAGUGGUAUGAGAAUGUAUUUACAUCUGUAAGGUCGUUGCCGUUCCGUGUUCACUGGACACAACAGGAAUGUCUCCUGUGCAGUCUGACGCCCAAGUGUGAGUCAGUGAAGUCAAGAGGAGCUCUGAUCUCGGCCUUCUCAAGAGAUGGCCUUGCCCUGGCUGUAACUCUUAAUCAGAAAGACCCAAAGGCAACUCAGGUAUUGUUUAUAAACACACUGAAUUUUGUUACUCUCUGUGGUGGUCUUAAAGGAUGUAGUAACAAGAAUCCUGUGGUCCCAGCUACACUUACCAGGUCAUAUUGGGUAGCUGACAUCAGCUGGACACAUGACAGUCUUUUUCUGUCUUGUGUACUGAAACGUGGCUCCCUGGUUUUAUUGACCUGCUUAGGUGAAUUGCUAACGUUAGUUACACUUGGUUGCUCUAUAGAAUUUGGGCCAGCUGAGUUUAUUCCUCUUCAUCCACUAAUAACAUAUAGACCACAGCAGUUUACAUUUCAAGAUUCAAAUAAUUCUGUAGAUUCAUCAGCUUCUGAGAGUGACCCUCUGAGACAGAGGUUUUCUAUAAAAGCACACUCACGGCUACCCUACCUCAUUAUUUCUGAUGGAUAUAUGGUCACAACCCUUCGGUUUCUUGAUGACCAGUCUCCAACAGCGCUCAUGAGGUCCUUGCUAAUUGAUUCAACCCAGAGGCUUGAGAAAGCAUACCAAAGUAUGAUGCUCUCUAAGCCAAAGCACAAAGGCCUGAACUUGCGAUCACUGGAUUCCUUAAGGUCUAGCCUGUUAAAGCAUCAAGGAAAGGAGGGUUCAGUACAUGGCACUGUCCCUAGAUUUCUACAGGCAGAAGAAACAGUGAAGUUAAAUGAAACUACAGAUGUUCAGGAUUCUGAAGGAGAAGAAGCUAAUGAAGUUGAACAAUUUCCAAACAAUUCAUUUCCUUUUUGUAACCAAAGAAAAGAUCUAAGAUUUAGCAUUAUCAAGGAAGGAAGAUUGGAAUUUGCAUCUAUGUUUGAUACAGUUCAUGCAAAGGAUGAUUCCAAGGAGACAGACAGAACUACUGCAGAACUACAUUGUAUCCAGAAAAAACUACUUGCAGCUUGGACUAUAGGAAUUUCAAAAAAUGUAACAGAAAAAAACUUGAUGUUAAAUUACACAGUACUUUGCAUCACUCACUUUUUCUAUGUUCUUCAGUUUAUAAAAUGUCCUCUGCCGAAGUUUGACCUGUUUUUAAAUGAGAGUCUGAAGCAUAAUGAGUGGGUCAUUUGUGUCUUUCAACUUUUCCAUCAGUGUCUAUCAGUUCACUAUUGGGAUUUGAGGUACAGACAAGACAUAGGCCAUUUGAUAACGCUGACCUCAAAUACUGUAAAGCUUUUUCUGACUCAGCAACAAAAAAAUGGGCUCUUCUCAGAGAAGCUUUUAGCUUGCCUUUCUUUACUCCAAAUGGUUGCUGACCAUUUAGAUGGCAUCUGCAGUCUUCAGCCUGAGGCCGUUUCAGCUUCAGCUGAUGGAAGGAGAACAGCUGAGCUGGACUCACUAAUGGUCCCACUUUUUCCAUCUUCGAAGGAACGUUGGUCCUGGAACUCACCUUUGAAGAUUUGUCCCCACAUCACCAAUCUUGUUCAAAAGCCAGGCCACAGAUUGAUUGCUCUUUGGAGACUAUUGUACAAAAAAACUUUAUGGUAUCAAGCACAGUUAAGCCGAAGAAUUCCUGAUGGUGACAUCCAGUUAACUGAAAACAUAACACAUGAAGUAUCUUUUGUCAAGUCUCUGUUAUGUCAUCUACAGACUAACUUGCAAAUGGCUGGGGAUAGCUUGAAUCAAGCCUUAGAACUUACACCUAUCAAUGGUGAAGAGUGCUUUUUGUUAGGAUCAUAUGAAAAAUCAGUUCAUCUGUGGAAGAAGGCUCUACAAGAAACCCAAGAGAAAGGAGGAAGAAGGACGUACUUUCUUCAGUUGCGGUACUAUCUCUCUCUCUUGUAUUGCCACCUCUACCGCUAUAAUUUGAACGAUGCUCAAGGAUUAUGUGAUCACCUAGUAAGACAGAUACUCAACUGGUCCCAGGUACCUGUAAAAGACAGUAAAGAUUGCUCAGAUUCCGAGAAGUCUCAUUGUGGGUUUGCAGUGAGUAGAAAUGUACAUCCUGAGGUGGCAGUCCGAGUUAUCCAGUGCAUGGCCCGUUUCAUGGCUGCCUAUUUCACCAAUGAACCACUCUGCAUUCUGCCCCCUCACAGUGUGAAUGUUCUUCCGCCACUUCAUAUUAAAACAGAGCAUUCCCUACGAUUUAUUCCUCUACAACACUCUAAAGUGGCCAGUUUUGUUAGAGAUCAGAAUCUCUCAAGUGUAUGGACAGUUGAAUAUGCCCUCGAAUUAUUAUUUAUUGGUGGCCUGAUUCCAGAGGCUGUGUGGUUGGCACAUAAACUUGGAGACUGGAAGACAUCUGUUUCCAUUGGUGUGGCCUUCCAGGUUUUCUGUAAGAAUGAUCGCAAUUUUGUGAGGUUCAAGAAAAAGGGUAUGGACCUACCAUUAAAUAUGAUACCAGCACAGAUUUUCCAGGAAAAACUACAGUAUUUUUUAGGUCAGCCAGUCUCUUUGGGAGCAAAAAAUGAAAAGGGCUCAAAAUAUAAGCAAUUUACAGAUCCCAUUGAAGAAGAAGAUGCUAAUCUGCUGUUUGGGUCUGUGCAAGAAGUGCUAAAAGCAUCAGUCAUGGCUGAUGCAGAUGUGGUUUCGGAGACACUGCAGCUAUUGAUGGACUCUGCCAAGGACUUCAGUAAGAAGCUGUGGGGCUUGGUGCCUGUUGACUUGUAUCUUCCAGCACCUCCGUUGUAUUGUCCCCAGCCAGCUGUUCUUAGUGAAGAACAUGGUGACAAUCUUCUUUUAAAAGCUGAAAAAAAUAAUCGCCAAAAGCUGUCUGGAAUCCUGCAGCGAGUGCUCUUACUUUUCCGGGCAGCUCGAUGCUCUUUUGCUGUAGCGCAGUGGUACAUCUUGCAACUGAGGUGGGCCAGAAAAGUCAUGCAGAAGAUUCGAAUGAAAGGGUCCCUUCCUUCGCUUAGUUCCUUUCCCGAAUCCUUACUUAAUUACUGUAAAGGAAGGAUAGCAUUCAUUAGACCUGGAGCAGCUGGAGACCACAAGCUUGAUGAAGUUUCCAUCAAAGCACUAGGUUGCUUCAGAGAACUUUGUGCUUUGUGCUGGAUGUUGCAUAUCCGGGAUAAAUUAUCAUAUAGUUGCAGGCAGUAUCAGAAGGCAAGAGAAAAUGUGAAUGUGGAAAAGGACCUCGAAUUGGAAUUUGAUUCUUGUGUGGUUGAGCACUGUUUUCACGCACUGGAAUGGGCCUAUAGAAUGCUACCAUUCUCUCGGUUUUUUAAUAUGGAAGAACUUAUUCAGGAUAUAAUUUUGAGCCUUAUUGGAGAACUGCCACCAGUCAGGAAGGUAGCAGAAAUUUUUGUGAAAGCAUUUCCCAAUCCUGAGGCCAUAAGGGUUCCUUUAAGAGAAAAGUACCACUCUCUUCAACAGAAACUCAGACAUGGUGUUGUGAAAGGUCCUCAGACUGAAGAACUGAUGUCUGUGGUCAUGCGUUCUGUUCGUAAAGUGAGGGUAAAAGCCCUGAAACGUGUGCAGAGGAACAUAGGUGCUUCUGAGAUGAACCUCUGGGAACCUGAUGAAGACGAAAAACCAAAUGCUGAUCCUGCCUCUGACAGGUUCUCCCUGGGGACUAGUUUGAGCAGAAGUACACUCACAGAACUGGGCGGUUCCCUGGUUCACAGUGAUGCAGACACACUUUCUGAAACCUUGUCUUUUGAAGAAAAACCUUGGAUACACUUAUAUCAAAGACAUGCCCCAAGUCAUAUGGAAUUACCGUUGGUUGGUAAGCCCAGUGAUAAAAAGAAAACGUGUAAUCAGAAAGAAAGCUCCCAAAGGAAAGAAGAUCAUGAAAUGUUAGGGAAAAAAGUACUUCCAACAGUUGGUGUUUGGGAAUUUGAGCGAGAUGAUGAUGAAUACAUUAACUUUCUUGAGCUCUUCUUGAGUUAUGUUCUUGAGAGAGACCUUUGUUCCAGUGAUCCUGGCAUUCCAUUUCUGACAAGUUUUUCUGGGCACCUCAGAGAACACGAACUGAAUUCUUUACUUUUUGAUGUGCAUACAACAUUAAAACGACGCCAGAGCAAGACCAGAAGCGAGAAUGUGUAUAGAGCUGGUUCUUGCUUUGCUGUCAUUCCUGAGCCACAUGAAUGUGAGAAACUGUUCUCUCUAAAUAGCAUGUGUGCCAAAAAUGUAGAAAGCCAGGCACUUUCAGCUCCAGAACUAGUUAGCCAGUCAGUGAGCACUUCAGAGAACCCUCUACCUGAAGUUACGGGAAAUAAAAGAAAGGCGGGAUUGUUUGGCCUAAAACAAAAGCCAAUUUAUAGAAGUCAGGAUGACAAAAGAGAGAAGCCUCGAAUGCAGAGACCAUCAAACCACUCCUUUUGGAUUCCCAUGUCCAUUGAAACUGGAGGAUACUGUUUCCAAGCAGUUGAGUGCAGUGCUGCCAGCCUUCAAGACGACCUUCCUCUGGCCCUUGAGAGCAUGUUCGGCCACGUUGGGAGACUGGUGGAGUGGAUGGUUCGGUGGUCUGAGCGAAGACUCCUCUGUGACUCUGGAGUUACUCAGUCGUCCUAUAAAUAUAGUCCAAUCAUUCGUGUAAAGACCUCGACAGCUGCCAUUCUUACCUCAUUAUGGCUUCUGCAGCAACCCUACUGUGCUGCAUAUAGGACGAAAAAUGGCGUUAUUAAGGUGCUAGAGAAUCAUUAUGCUGAGUCUCAAGUGGUAGCUGAGGAGAAGAGCAAUACUCAUGUUGACUCCCCAGUUGCAGCGGCAGUUCAGACUGGAGCUGAGGAGAGAAAUGACCAGAAUGAAUGUUGUCAGAGCAUCUGGAAAAUGCCUGAUGAAGCAGAAAAUCCUGAAGUGAAAGAAAUUGAUGAUGAGAUUGUUCCCAUCACUCAUAAGGCUGAGAAAGAAUUUGUAGAUGUUGGCAAGAAUCAUUCAGAAGUAGAAACAUUUACUCGGGAUGAAAUGGAUAUGCACAUCUCAGACUGUGAAGUUCUAGAAGAACCUGUUGGGAGUCUUGGAGGUCCCAGUGCUGCCAUCUGCAUGCCAGUGUCAGAACUCUCACUAGAGCAUUCCAUUGAAGAGGUUCAGUGUCCCAGAAAAGAACCAUUGGCGAUGAAUGUGAAUACAAAAUUCAAUGAACAGAAAGGAGCACAGAGUUCUGAACUUGGUAAAUCUUCCUUGGUUCCACCGCUCAUGUCCCAUGGAGCCCCUGCUACUUCACAAACACCUGUUCCAACACCUCAGCCACCUCAGAGAAAUGAACACAGGGUUCAUUUUCCAAACUCUUCUGAUUCUGUUCAGCAGAUGCUCCAAGACGAGAUGUUUAAAUUAGUUCAACUGCAACAGAUCAAUUUCCUGAGCCUAAUGCAAAUAGUGGGGCCAUCUGUUGCUAAUCUCCCAGACAUGCAUCGACUCCUUCAGCAGCUUCAGCCUGUGCCUUCUGGGGAAAGUCAAGUGCCAAAGCCUACAAGGAGUGGUUGUACUGAAGCCAACAGCAGACAGAGGUUUUUUGCUAACCCAGACUCCAUGGGAGAGUGCAUCAGGGAGCCUGGCAAGAAUGGCCCACUGGACCCUGGAGGAAUCAAUCAGCCUGAUCAAGACAAUAAUGGAAGAACACAGGAUCUUCCACAUGGGAGUAUUCCCUUGUGUCAAUUAGAUGGCCAGCCUAAGGUGAGAGGUCAAACUGGAGCAGCUCAAAGCUUGCCAGCCACCUCAUGUUCUCACGCUCCUGCUGGAGACCCUGGCCUCCAACUUCUGUUCCCGCCUGCUGCUGUCCAGAAGGCUCCUCAGCUGAUCCCACCUGCCAGAACAAUAGCUCCUGGGAAUGGUUUUCCUUUGCUUCAUUUUCAGCCCAAGUAUGAAUUCAAGCCCCUUUCCUUACCUCUAGGAAGAAUUCCAGAAGUUCCUUUCAGACCUCAGACCCAACCAAAAGAGGCUUGGGGAUUAUCUGAUCCUCGCCUACUUCCUCUGUCUCAGAGAAUAAUGUGUGCCACUUCAUGCCAUUCAGAUUCGAGCCACCAUAAUGCUAAAGCCAUGAAAAAGGCAGACACUGUCCUUAGAGAUACUCCGAAGCAUGUGAACUUGGGUCAAUAUGGUGGACAGCAGUACUCGGCACCUCAGCAGGAUUCUUCAGGGUUUAUAGGGCCAGAAAGUGUGUUUGAUGUUAAACCAGGGCCCCCUGAGACAGGUCUUCAGAAUUCUGUUGGACUUCCUUUACUACACCUCCAAUUUAAGCCUCCUUACAUGUUCUCAUCACCAUCGAGAGCAUCAAGUAGACUGCCCUCAGUACCUCCCCAAUGUGGCAUAGAAGAAAAGAAGUAUCCACAGCUAUCGUUACUUCAUUCAUGUCUGCCCCCGGAGAAUACGUACAAGAAGCCCCAGCUUAUUCCACUUGAAAACCUCAUGGCAUUUAAAAGAUGCCAACAAAAAGGAGCAUAUGAUGCAUUUGAACAAGGUGAUUCUGGUCAACUUCAAUUUCUAAAGGUCAAUGUGGAACCAUCUAAAAGAACACAAGGAAAGAAGAGGCAAAGCAGACGAGCUGAGAGAGAGCUACAAGAAGAAAGAGCUCAGAAGCCAAGAAGAAAACCAAGUGUUAGUUUCCGACCAGAGGAUUCCCUCAUUAGUAACGGGCCAGAAGUCAUCGUGGAACCCAAGGAACAACUAGGACAUUGUGAUUCUCAACCUUUGGAAAAAUUUGACAUUCCUUAUGAAAUGUUAGAAGAUGAUGUGAAUACUUCGGCUGGACUGCACUUCAUGGCCUCUGUACGAAAGAAAGCUGUGGGAAGUCAGGAUGCAAGUACAAACACAGACCCAGAAAAGGAAGGUACUUCCCAAGAUAAGGAAGGUACAUCCCAAGAACUUAAUUCUGAAAGUGGUAAAAAUCAACAAGUCAUUUCUGCUACCUCAGGUCAUGAACCUUUGACUGUUCCUCAGCUCUUGAUUCCAGAUAUAUAUCUAAAUGUCAAAGUUCCCACUGGAAUAUCAGAGAAGCCCUUGUCUCCUUCUCUACCUCAUUUGGCUAGACACACUUACAUAGAUGUGAUUGACAUUGAAGCUGAUGAUCUGUUGGAAUUACCUGCUAGUGAAGAGCCUUCAGAUGAGAAUGUUACCAAGCAACAGAGCCAUCCUCCAGAAGUCCCUUCAUCUGCAGAGUUGCAUUGUAUGGCAGCUUCAGUUGUUAAUGCCGUUCCUACUCAUGCUUUUGAGAGUCAAGAGCCUGCAAAAGUGACUCAGCCCUGUCUGGAUGGGAAGAGCUGGAGAGCAAGUGCUAUAGAAAUGAAGGAGCCUGGGAUUCCCCCAGUAACGCCAUCGGACAGGCAGCAGGACAGAGAUCCGCUAGAACCAAACUUCCAGUUCAAGGAACAGAACACAAAACUGGAUUCUGGGAGAAAAUCUAUGCUUUUGACACUGCUACAAGAUGUCCAUACUGCUUGUCCCACUCCAAGCUCUACUGCUCCAAAGUUAGAGCAUCUUACUGCCAAGCUUCAGAAGAUGGAUGAGCAGCUGUUAACAGUACAGACCAUUGCAGAGAAUAUAGAACAGGACUUCCCUGCACCAGAAGUACUGAAUCUACACUGGGAGAAGGCUGGACUGGUAGAUCACGUUGAAUUGUCUUCUCACCCUGAAAUUGAAAAACCAUUAACUUCAAAAGCCAGUAGCAUUUCUGAAGAAGUGUGCUUCCAGACUCAUGAGGAUGUGGAAGAUCAUAACGAUGCAGAGGAAACUUCAGAGACGGAAUUUUCAGGAAUGGAAAAUCAUUCUAGUCAGAAAACCUACGCAUGCCCUUCUGCGGGCUCAGCUGUCUGCUCUUCCAUGGACUGGAGUAUCCCUUCUCCUGGUGUGAAUAACAACAAUGAAUUAUUUGGAAGUGUUUCAGAAGAUCAACUCCAGGUGACUGGAUUGACUGAUAUUGCCGACAUUAUUGAUGACCUCAUAACUAAGAGUGGAGUUUCCAGUGAAGAGCUUGGCUUAACAGAAAAACAAGCUAGAAAUAUAUCCAGGAUUCAGCAUCCUACUGGCAGAUGCCCCCAAAGAUCUGAGAAGGAGAGAAGAGAGAUUAAAAUCUGGAUGAAAAGAAAGCGAAAAGAGAGAAUGACAGAGUAUUUAAAUCAGCUGGCAGAAAAGAGGGGACAGGAACGUGAGCCUUUCUGCCCCAGAAACAGUCCAUUUUAUAUGAAUUCAAGGCAGAUCAGGCAAAGACAGAAGAUGAAACAUGAAAAAGAUAGAUUGCUGCUGUCUAACCACUAUAGUCAGCGGAUCUCACAAGCAUACCAUCUGAUGAAUGAACUGCUGUCUGACUCAGUACAACCUAACAGAUCCCACACUGCUCAGCAUUACAGACAUCAAGAUUGCUCUUCUCCAAGGAGAGAGAAUCCACAUGUGCAGAAUUUCCUAAUAAAUCGACCUGGGGGAGGCAGACGUAUUUCCAGAUUGAGUCAUUUACAAAAGGGGAAACCCUUGGAGCAGCCCGAAGGCUCAUCUCAGCGGAGAGGUUCUAAUACUCCAUGUCAGAGGCUGCAGCACACGAGCAGCCGUGGGGCUGUUGGAGUGGUUCCUCCAAUGAAGCAGGUGUGCAUAGAGUAUGAGAGAGAAGAGGCGGUAGUGAGUCCCUGGACCGUGCCUUCAGAAAUCCACAGGAUUCUUCACGACAGGCCCAGGGAUUUUCUCCAGGACAUGUCACCAGCUGAAGAGGAAGAGCCUGAGCCCUCUUUUUUGGUGGGUGGCAUGGACAGCGUGUCUGAGAGCACUGGCAGCAUACUCAGUAAACUUGACUGGAGAGCCAUAGAAGACAUGGUGGCUGGCGUGGAGGAGAAGAACCAGUCGGGCCACUGGUCCUCAGACCAGUAGGGCCUGUAUAGCACUCUCUUUCCAGGCCCUGGCCAGCAUCCCAGUGAUGUGGUUCUGAGACUGGGUCUAAGGCUAGAAAUAAUGGAAAUUUAUAACCUGCAACCACAGGGUUCCCAGGGUUAACCAUUGCAAGAAGGAAAAUAAACAUGUAUCAGUAAUAUUGCCUUUUGGGGAAGGGUUGUUUAACUAGAGAAAAGUAUUAUGUUUUGCAUGUGAUUCAUCGUUAGAUAUAAUUUAGACAAUACAUACAUGUAAAACCAGGUUUUCACAAUAUUUAAAUUACUUUGAAUUAAAAAAAAUCUUGUAUCUGCUUCUUCCUUUA